AUGAACAUUGUGAGAAAACUCAAUUUAAUGAUACCUUGGAGUAAAUUCUUGCUUCAUAUACUGCUGUUUUCAUUACAAGGAUAUAUUUGUGCAUCAUCCAUUUUGACUGAAACAUCAAAAAACGGAUCUAAUGAAAAUCAACAGAAAAGAGCUCUUUUAGCAGCGCAGUCUGAAGCAACAUCUCCAAGAUACUUCUUCCAUGAAGCUAUUAAUUGGGGUGAGAGCAAAAUAAAAGGUUCUUGUCCUCAUGAAUGCCUUAACGGAGCUUUCUGUUCUACGGCUGGUACGUGUGACUGCCAAAUAUUUCAGGCACUGGGGACACGGUGCCAGAUUGUGCCGAACAUGGGCAAUGGCAGAGAUGGGAUUUGCAAAACCUGGGGACAGUACCACUUUGAAACUUUUGAUGGUAUCUACUAUUAUUUCCCAGGAAACUGUUCUUACAUUUUUGCAAAAGACUGUGGUAAUUUGGAGCCUCGAUACACUGUAUGGGUUCAUAAUAGCCCUAAGUGCCUUGGUUCAGUGUAUUACUGUUAUCGGUCAAUCAGCCUGUUCUUUUCAGACCAACAGGAAAUUCGAAUUUAUGGGCAUGAGAUAAAAAAAAAUGGAAUCAGCUUAACAUUGCCUCAGACAAUUGGACAGAUUUCUGUUGAGAAACUAGCUGACUACAUUCUGGUGAAAACAACCUUUGGUUUUUCAUUGGCUUGGGAUGGAAUAUCUGCAAUUUACCUCAAAAUAUCUGAGGAGCACAAGGGGAAAUCCUGUGGCCUCUGUGGAAACUACAACAGCAUUCAAUCUGAUGAUUUCAUCAUUCAUCAAGAUGACUACACAGAAGACAUUGCUAUGUUUGCAAAUAGUUGGUUGGUGCAGACUCCAGAUGAUACCAAAUGUGUACCCACACCUUCAGAUUUUCCAAAUCCAUGCUCCAGUGGAAUGCCAGCAUUUGAGGCCAUCUUCUUCAAGUGUCAGAUUCUGCUGCAGUUUCCUUUUUUGAGCUGCCAUGAAUACAUUGACCCAUAUUUAUAUAUUGCCAGCUGUGUUAAUGAUCUUUGCAAAGCUGACGAUGAUGAGACCUACUGCCGGGCAGCCACGGAGUACGCUAGAGCCUGUUCCCACGCUGGCUACCCUAUUCAAGACUGGAGAGAUGACUUUCCAGCAUGUACUGAUAAAUGUGAUGAUAGCUUCGUCCAUCGGGACUGUAUCAGUUGUUGCCCACCCACCUGCACAUUUGAGAAAGAAUGUCUUGGGAGCAAUCUCCAAUGUCUUGAUGGAUGUUACUGUCCAGAUGGACUCAUUAUGGAAAAUGGGGCUUGCAUCUCCUUGGAAAAUUGCCCAUGUAGUUUUCAUGGACUAGCUUAUUCAGUUGGUUCAAAAAUUGAACAAGAAUGCACCGAAUGUGUAUGUGUUGGUGGAAUUUGGAACUGCACUGAGCAUGACUGUCCAGUUCAAUGCUCUGUUGUAGGUGACUCUCAUUUCACAACUUUUGAUGGCCGACAUUAUUCUUUCAUUGGAAUGUGCCAAUAUGUCCUUGUGAAAGGGACUGGAAAAGACAAGUUCACAAUUACUUUAGAGAAAGCUCACUGUGAGCAGAACCUUGGCUUGGUCUGCCUUCAGUCUAUAACUCUAAUUCUGGAGGAUGAUUUUAACAAACAAGUGACAGUUAGUAGGGGAGGACAAAUCCUCACCGGUCCUAACCAAGGCUUCAGCCUGAAUGGAAUUGUUGAAAUUCAAACUCUGUCUUCCUUAUUUAUUCUUCUAAAAACCACAUUUGGUUUAAAGAUUCUGUUUGCUAUAGAUGGGGAAAGAAUUUAUAUUCAGCUCACCAGCACAUGGAAAAGAAGAACACUGGGGCUCUGUGGCACUUUUAAUGGGAACAUAAGGGAUGAUUUUCUUUCCCCAUCAGGUAUGAUAGAAGGUACACCACAACUUCAUGCAAAUGCGUGGAGAGUUUCCUCCACUUGUUUUGCACCUGUUCAUGUUCCUAUGGUGGACCCCUGUAACAUUAACCAACAAAACAUUGGAUACGCAGCACACUGUGACGUCAUCCACCAAGAGCUCUUUGCUCCUUGUCACUUCUACGUCAGCCCUGGACUGUACUACCAGCUAUGCCGCCACGAUGCAUGCAAGUGUGGAAGUGCCUGCCUAUGCAAUGCUCUCGCCCACUAUGCCUACCUGUGUGGCCAGCGCGGUGUCACCAUUGAUUUCAGAGCUUAUGUUUCAUUCUGUGGCCUGGUGUGCCAGAAAGGCAUGCUGUACCACCACUGCUCCUCCUUCUGCCGCCGCUCCUGCACGGCUCUCUCCGCCCCCGAACGGUGCACUGAUGAAUGUGCCGAAGGCUGCAACUGUCCUGAAGGCAAAUAUUACGAAGAAACGCUUCACUUCUGUGUGCCCAUAUUUCACUGCCGGUGUCAUUACAGGGGCAGCAUUUACCAACCUGGAGAGCUUAUCCCAACACCUACGGGCUUAUGUCAAUGUUCAAAUGGGACUGUGAGAUGUGAUGAGCCAGCACCGCCCUCUACUGUUCAUGCCUGCCCCGAGGGAAAAGUGUAUUUUGACUGCAGGUUUCCUGAUCCUGAAUUACCAGCUGGUGGUGUAAAUUGUGAGAUUACAUGUGCAAACCUGGCCAUGAACUUCACUUGUGCCCCAUCCUCACCCUGCAUAAGUGGUUGCGUUUGUGCUCCAGGGCUGGCGGAGCACAAAGGAAAGUGCUAUAUUCCUGAAAGCUGUCCUUGUAUCUGGAAAGACUGGGAGUACCUCUCGGGAGAAGUGAUUGCUACUCCGUGUUAUACCUGUGUUUGUCGACGAGGAAUGUUCAAUUGCACAUACUAUCCAUGCCCAGCAGUGUGCACAAUAUAUGGAGAUCGGCAUUAUCAUUCUUUUGAUGGUCUGGAAUAUGACUAUAUUGGUGAUUGCCAAGUAUUUUUGAUAAAGAGUACAGAUGAUUCAGAUAUAUCAAUCAUUGCCCAGAACAAGAAAUGCUUUGACAAUGAUAUUGUUUGUUCUAAAAGUGUUUUGGUUUCAGUUGGAGACACUGAAAUUUACCUGAAUGAUUCUCCUUACAAAGAGGAACAAACAGGUUUUUUUCUGGAAAAUGAACCUACAUACCAACUUUGGAAGGCAGGGUACUACAUGGUAGUAUACCUUCCAGAGAAAGACAUCACUAUUCUUUGGGAUAAAAAGACAACCAUUCAUAUCAAAGUUGGACCACAGUGGCAGAACAAACUAUCAGGAUUAUGUGGAAACUUUGACAAAUGUACUUCAAAUGAUAUGACCACAUCUAAUAACAUAGAAGUGAGAAAUGCCCAGGUGUUUGGAGAUAGCUGGGCAUUAGGACAGUGUGAAAAUGCACAUGAAUUAUUUAAACCCUGUGAGGCACAGCAAAACAAAUUUCCUUAUGCCAAGAAAGAAUGCUCCAUUUUGUACAGCGAUGUUUUUGCUGCUUGUCGCAAUGUGAUUGAUGUUACUUCUUUUGCCAAAAAUUGCCAUGAAGACACAUGUAACUGUAACCUUGGUGGGGACUGUGAGUGCUUAUGCACGAAUGUGGCAGCAUAUGCAUAUAAGUGUUGUCAGGAAGGGGUCCCGGUGCACUGGAGGUCAUCUACGGUUUGCUCACUUGAUUGUGAAUAUUACAAUGAAGGGCUUGGAGAAGGUCCAUAUAUGCUGGCAAGUUAUGGGCAGAGUGGCCUUGUUCUGGGGGCCAAUAUAACCAGUAGAAACAUUUUCUCUUUGCCAAGAAGUGGUACUUAUGGUGAUUUAUUGUUUAGUUUUAUGAUCACUCCAGGCCUUGUCAAAGAGAAGGCAUCGUCACUGGCGCUUGUUUCCUUGGAAUCUGCCGAAAGGCCAAACUACUUUCUUUAUGUCCAUAAUGAUGACACUCUUAGUCUGAAACUGUGGCAGGGGAAUUCUUUCUUUCAUCGGAGAGCCACAUUUUUCCACCAUCCGGGCCUCUGGAUUCCUGGUUAUAGUGCAUUUGAGUUAUACAGCAAGAAAGGCUUUUUCAUCACACUCUCAGACUUUAGUGUCAAAGCUUCAAAAUAUGAUGAUUCUGAAGAUUUUAAGCAUUCAAGUAGCUUCAGCAUAGAAGAAAUCCAGGCAGCUGUGCCGUACAGGAGGAUGUGUGAGUGGAAGUAUGAGCCCUGUGCCACACCAUGUUUCAGAACGUGUAGCGACCCUGAAGCACUCACAUGCAAAUUCCUUCCACCGGUUGAAGGAUGCUUGCCCUACUGCCCCAAAACUAUGAUCCUUGAUGAGGUCACCCUCAAAUGUGUUUAUCCAGGAGACUGUGCUCCUCUGAUUUCCACAGAACCUGCGUUUGUGACCCCAGGUAAGCCGUCUCAACCCACAUAUACAGGUCCAGAAAUAACAACCCCAUCAGAAACGCCCACGCCGGGUUUGGAAUGUGAGCCUCAACAAUUUGAUCCUGUUUAUAAUUGUAGCCAAUAUAUAUGCAUCAAUAUGGAAUGGACGUUGUAUAACUGGUCUCUUAGUUGCCCGAAGGACUUGGAAAUGCCUGACUGUGGCUUCCGGGGAAGGCCUGUCCAAGUGAACACGGAUAUCUGCUGUCCUGAGUGGGAAUGUCCUUGUCGGUGUUCCAUGUUGUCAGAACUGAGCAUUAUCACAUUUGAUGGAAACAAUGCCGCAUUGUAUAGUAUGGCUUCUUAUAUCUUAGUAAGAAUUCCUGAGGAAAUUAUAGUUGCUCAUAUUGAAAAAUGUUCCAUGAAUCAGAACGAAAACUCAUUAAAAAGAUUAGCUUCCUCUGAAAGAAUCUCUGGACUUUGUUUUAACAAGUUAAAUUUGACAACAUCUAUACAUAAGAUAAUUGUCCAUCGGGCAGUAAGAAAGAUAGAAGUGGAUUCUAUUGUUGUGCCUUUGCCCUUUUCAAAUCAAGAACUGCUGAUAGAGGACUCUGGUACUAUGUAUGUGAUCACUACCCCAUCUGGACUAAUCAUAAAGUGGGCUCAUCUUACAGGAAUCUUAGACAUUCAUUUCGGCUCUCAGUUUAACCUGUCGUCUUACACAGAAGGACUUUGUGGAAUUUGCAAUGACGAUCCAGAUGAUGAUCUAAAGAUGCAAAAUGGCACAAUUAUUACAAAUAUGGAAGACAUAGAAUUAUUUAUUGAGAGCUGGGAAAUUGAGAAAUUAUUUAAAGUAACAACGAGAAGACCUGUUAGAAAUUGUACUGAGUAUGACUGCAGUCACUGCAUUGAGUUAUUAAACAGAAAAGCUUUCACUCCAUGCCAUAAUAAAGUUUCACCACAGAGCUUUUGUGAAAAGAUGUGGAUUAAUUAUACCAAUUCUUGGAACCAUGAAUGUGACGCACCUUCUGCAUACGUGGCUCUGUGCAACAAUUUUGACAUCUGCAUUCAGUGGAGAACGCCUGAUUACUGCGAGCUGAGUUGCCCAGAGGGUAAGGAAUAUCAAGCCUGCGUGCGACCCUGUGAAGCAAGAACAUGUCUGAACAGAUGGUUCUAUGGACACUCUUCCUGUUUGAAUUUAAGAGAAGACUGUGUGUGUGAAAAUGGAACCAUUCUUCACAGGCCAUAUUCAACUCAGUGCAUUCCAGAGAAAGAAUGUGCAUGUACUGACAGUGAAGACCAACCCCGCACUGCCGGGGAGAUUUGGAAUGGGGGCAUUGAUGAAUGUGCCCUCUACAAAUGUUUGGAGAAUGGAAGCAUUAUUCCUAUAGAGCCUGAGUGUGAGGAAGAGCCCUCGCCAAUUUGUGAACGAGAAGCUGAGGUUGUCCUGGGCUUCAUUGAUAAGCAGUCCUGCUGUUCAAAGGAAGUUUGUGCAUGUGACAUGACCUUGUGUGAUACCACCAUUCCGACAUGUACGGACAGUCAAAAGUUGACCGUUGGCCAUAGCCCUCUUUCUUGCUGUCCACAGUACCAAUGUGAAUGUGACCCACUCAAGUGUCCCACUUUUUCAAUACCAGAAUGCAGAGAAGACCAAUUCAUGAUUCAAGUUCAACAGGAUGAGCCUUGCUGUUUUGGUCCUAUCUGUGUUUGUGAAGCUUGCACUGAACCUAUUCCAAUAUGUACUGAUGGGGAAUUUCUCACUGUGGAUCUUAAUACCACAGAUGUCUGUUGUCCUCGGUAUUACUGUGUCUGUGAACCAAAUCUUUGUCCCCCACCACUACUCAACUGUGCAGAAGAUAUGACACUUGUGAAAGAAAAUGUGUCUGGUCAAUGCUGUCCUAUAUGGCACUGUGAAUGUAGCUGUGAAAAACUUGUUGUGCCAACUUGUGAAGUGGGAGAAUUUACUACAAUAGACCACAGCUUUCAGAGUGACUGUGGAUGUGUACAGUAUCUCUGUGAAAAAGAUGAUGUGUGUGUAUUUCAAGAAGUAUCAGUAUUGAAUCCUGGCCUAUCUAUGAUAAAGUACUUGGAAGGGGACUUUUGUCAUACAAUAGACUGUCUGGAAGAAAAAGAUAACCAAACAGGCUUUCACACUCUGAAUUUUACAAUGGUGAAUUGUUCAAAAGAAUGUGACAUUCACCAGGUGUAUACUCCAUCUCCAAGUGAUUAUGAUUGUUGUGGUACCUGCAAAAAUGUAUCCUGCAAGUUUCAAAUGGAAAAUGGAACAUCAGUUAUAUAUGAGGAGGGGAGUAUGUGGCACUAUAAUUGUACCACAUAUGAAUGUGUUAAGACUGAUGAAGGAACAAUGAUUCUGAACUACAGUAUGGUCUGUCCCCCCUUUAAUGAGACUGAAUGCAAAAUGAAUGAAGGGGUUGUAAAGCUUUAUAAUGAAGGCUGUUGCAAGAUCUGUAAACGAGAAGAAAAGAUAUGCCAGAAAGUGAUUAUUAAGUCAGUCAUACGGAGACAGGACUGUGCAAGUCACAGCUCAAUAAAUGUUGCAUCUUGUGAUGGAAAAUGCCCAUCAGCCACCAUAUAUAACAUCAAUAUUGAGAGCCAUCUAAGGUUUUGCAAAUGUUGUCGUGAAAAUGGAGUGCGGAACUUCACUGUGCCUCUGUAUUGUUCAGGGAAUGGUACUGAGGUCAUGUACACUCUCCAGGAACCUAUAGACUGUACAUGCCAGUGGAAUUAAACUUUCGGAUUCCAAGAGUUCUAUGCAACAUCAUAAAUCAAAUGGAGCUAACUUUUAGCACUAUUGUUUAGGCACUGGGCAGAUGUAUACUGUUUAUAGAUAAUGUAUUUUUCAGACUAUGAGGAUGUAGCAAUUGUGGUACAAAAUAUACUCAAUUUCCAUGGAAAAAUAGAUUUAUUUAUUUAUUUUAAGGAAGCAAAUGAUUUUAAAUUGUUCAGUUGAA